UAUAGAUCACUAAUAUACGGGUUAAUCUCAUGGAAUCACACUAUUAAUAAGAAUACAAUUUUUUCAAUUUACGAGUCACACCAUUCAUAAUCUGUAAAUUGUGAACUUUAUAACAGAGGAUUUUAUGAUAAUUGAUGAAUGUACCCGAUUAUUUGAUACACGAUAAAAUUAAACCGAUAUGCGAAUACUUGUUUAACCAUAUAAUAGGAAACGAAACAAUGAGUAUUACACAAAAUAAUUGAAAUUAGCGGAAAUGAUCAUUUAAAAAAUUAAUUAAUAUUGUCAUGCACAUUAUAUGUAUUUACAUGCGUUAUUAGUGUCCAUUUUAGUUGCACAAUUUUCAUACUGUAUUAAAGAUGCAGUACAUGUAACGAAAGUAGCCGCGACGCGGUAAAGAAUUUAUUUACACAAAGCACGAGUUACAUUUAACUUAACGCAUCCACGUGAUGUAUCCCAUAAUAAAAUACCAUUGAGACGCGUUGGACUAAUACAAGAGUUCUAUUUUUAAGAUAUAGAAGACAACUUGAAAUUGUGUCUAAUCAAAAGCUCUUAGGGGAAAAAAACGAUAAUGUAUCUUUAUAUUCGGUGCAUAGUUUCUUGGUCAUACUUUCUACUUAUUUCAUGAAAGAAUAAUACUCUUCAUGGCUUUCACGUUCUUUCUUAUUUUCACUUCUUUAUACAGAACAGCAAGGAAGAGCAAACGAUUACAGACAAACAAAAAUUACAUCCGCGAAACUGGACUUUUCAUUAUUUUAUGUUUAAAAUUUUGCAAGUCGAUUAUUUUUGGCUCACCACGAUCCGGGAAAACGAAAGAGAAAUAUACAACGAGUCGAUACUUUAUUUUUGAUCGUGAUCGGAGUAUGGGAUUGUUUAUCAAAUAAGAAAAUGUCUAAACGUUGUUCUAUGAGUUCGAAAUCUACGAUGUGCAAUUUGAAUCGUGUGCCAAAUUCUUGAAGCCUCGUUUUUUAUUCAUACGAAUUUUGAUUUCUAAAAUUGUGAAAUUAAACAUUAAUGUAUGCAUAAAUGUCCCAAUACAUCGUAAAACACUUGGCACGUGAACGAUGACCCUAAUAUUCAAACUGCUGUUUGGGUUCAGUUUAAUUAUGCUAAUUUAUAUAUCAUUAAAGAUAAGUGACGCAAACUAAAGUAAUUAAUACUCGAUCAGUUUAGCAUAAAUGUUCAUUUGAUUUAAUUAUUGGUCAAUUUUAUCUCUGAAACAUAUAUCUCUUCGCUGCUACUCGAGAUUUAUCAUUUUCAGGAAAUCGGAGCAUUUCCUGAAUCGUUUGACACCGCUUUAUUUGAAUGACAAUACCCUGUCAAAAUAAUGGUGUAAGUGCUUUCAACGGUAGUUUCAUUGAAAGUGAGAAGAGGUCAGUGGUCAGUCGAGUAUAGAAAUGUUCUCAUACGCUCUUGGAAAGUUACCGACCUUGACAGACAUUUCAUUCUUCCAACUUAUGCCUCUCGUUGAACUAGUUCUUUUUUUAAAUAUGAAAUCGCAAAAAUAUGAUCACGUACGCUUAUGUUAAUAAAUAGUCAGAGAAGGACGUUCGUUUUUUGCUAACAGAUAACUCCGUCAUCCUUGGGGAACCUAAGGGUGUCUCUGUUUGAUUUUAAACGACCCCGUUGAAAAUCAUGGUGUAAUACCAAAGGGCACAUCUAUUUAUAGAGGUACUGUUUAAGUUACGUUACUCAUCAGUGGUUUCGUUACCUUCACCUUUGCUUCGCGUUGCCUGAGUUUCUCUCAGCAUCACCGAACGUCCUAGGACAAACCGGUAAAAAAUGGUACUUCACUCGAAGAAAAUCAAAUGCCGACAAACACGUGUCGGACUUUGUUCAAUCAUUGAAAUUAUUAUGACUAUAUGAAUCAAGAUUGACAUAAAAAGGAAAUGUACCGUCGCAAUAACCACAGUCUUUUGUUCGCUUUCUUCGAAACGUAUUCCUGAUCCCCGGCUUCGAUCAACAUCCUCUUCUCCUCGAAAAAGUUGUAAAUAGUUGUUGCGGAAAACAAGAAACAUGCUGACGCGGUUGUUCGAAAUUCACGGCCGGUUCUGUGCUGGUCAUCCCUUGGAAGUGAUUGUGACGACCUUCACGCUCACAGCAUGCAUCCUGAACAUGGAGACCGGAAGUGUGCAGUCGCGGGAUAGAGCUCUUCCUGUGUCACCGUAUUGUCGAGCUAGCCGAUGUAAUUCGGACGACCUAAAUGCAGCCGAUAUUAUAGUCAUGACUAUGAUAAGAUGUAUAGCAAUACUGUUCACCUACCACCAGUUUCGCAAUCUUCAAAAAUUGGGUUCAAAAUAUAUUUUAGGUAUCGCAGGCCUAUUUACAGUAUUUUCCAGUGUUGUGUUCACAUCCAGCGUAGUGAAUUUCGGCCGUAGCGAAAUUUCGGAUUUGAAGGAUGCAUUGUUCUUCUUUCUGCUUAUCAUUGACCUUUCAAAGGCCGCUAUAUUAGCACAGCUGGCUCUAAGCGCAAGGAACCAAGAGGAAGUGAGAGCAAAUAUUGCUCGCGGGAUGUCGUUGUUAGGACCAACUAUUACAUUAGACACAUUAGUGGCAACUCUACUUAUUAGUAUAGGAUCUUUAUCCGGUGUUAGGAGAUUAGAGAUCCUAUGCAGUUUUGCUUGUCUCGGUGUCGUUGUUAAUUAUGUUGUUUUCAUGACUUUCUAUCCUGCGUGUUUAUCGCUCAUCCUUGAGCUGUCUCGUAGCACUAACAGUAUAAAACCGUUAAGCGCGGAUAAGAUUUUCAUGAUGCAUCCAUUGAACGAAGAGGAUCAAAAGCCAAAUCCGGUAGUAGAACGGGUUAAAUUAAUCAUGAUGGCUGGCCUAUUUGUGGUACACGCUAACAGUCGUUGGCCUUUUAAAAAUGAAGAAAGAGAACAUACGGUAGAAGGCAAAGCGUCGCCAACAAAUUCGCAUAUCAUAGCAAGUUCGUACAACAAAACAGAAAGUUCUUCGGAGGUGAAGGAAUACUUAAUGAAUUGGCUGUCAGUUAGUGCAGAUAAUAUUGUGAUACUGAUCCUUCUUCUCGCGCUUGCGAUCAAAUUCAUUUUCUUCGAGGAUAAAGGAGAUAUCGCUAAGCAAUUACGAUUCAAAGAAGAGGACGAUACGGAUGAAAAAGUUGAAAGUGAAUAUGCUACUAGUGAAAGUAUGAAUACAGCUACUAUGAAUAUGUCACUGCGACAACGCUUUGGUGGUUCAAUGCCCCCGAUGCGGUCAGCCGUUUUUCCCUUGUCAGGCGUAGGUGGUGGUUGGAUCGACGUUGACAAUGAAUAUCAGAUGGAGUUCAUCGACAAAGAAGUGCAAACUGAUGUAAAACAAUUUAGUGCGGAUAUAUUGAGCACUGAAAGUCUACCUUUACAAUCGAAAGUUCCUAGAUCCAUAGAAGAAUGUCUUGAAAUAUACAAGUCUGAACUUGGCGCAAGUGGAUUAACAGACGAAGAAGUGAUUCAAUUAGUAAAAUCCAAUCAUAUAACUGCUUAUCAGUUGGAAAAAGCAGUUGGGGAUAUGGAGAGAGGAGUUGGAAUCAGACGUCUCAUAAUUGGGGAAGCUGGAAAAUUCACUGAAAAUCUAUCGGACUUACCGUAUAAAGAUUACGAUUAUAGUAAAGUGUUAGGAGCAUGUUGCGAGAAUGUUAUAGGAUAUGUACCAGUGCCGCUUGGAAUUGCUGGCCCAUUGUUAGUUGAUGGCGAAUUGUACCAUGUACCAAUGGCAACGACUGAAGGAUGUUUAGUAGCAUCGACGAAUCGUGGAAGUAGAGCGUUAUUAAAAUGUGGCGUAACGAGCCGUGUAGUGGCUGAUGGAAUGACUAGAGGACCAGUUGUAAGAUUUCCAAAUAUCGUUAGAGCCAGUGAAGCUAUGGCAUGGAUGCAGGAUCCUGAGAAUUUUGAAGAAAUGAAGGACAGUUUUAAUUUAACCAGUCGAUUUGCUAGAUUGACGAAAAUUCAAGUACGCAUCGCUGGUAGACAUUUGUUUAUUCGCUUUGUGGCAACAACUGGCGAUGCAAUGGGGAUGAACAUGUUGUCCAAGGGGACAGAAAAGUCACUAAAUACGGUGAAGGUACACUUUCCUGAUAUGGAAAUAUUAUCACUGAGCGGUAACUUUUGCACUGAUAAAAAGCCAGCAGCUGUAAAUUGGAUUCAGGGUAGAGGUAAAAGUGUCGUUUGUGAAGCAGUAGUACCUGCAGACAUUGUUACUAAUCUGCUGAAGACAUCAGUCCAUGCCUUAGUUGAUGUGAAUAUAAGUAAAAAUAUGAUUGGUUCUGCUGUAGCUGGUAGCGUAGGUGGUUUUAAUGCUCAUGCUGCCAAUAUUGUAACUGCAAUUUUUAUAGCUACGGGUCAGGAUCCUGCACAGAACGUCGGUAGUAGUAAUUGCAUGACUUUGAUGGAACCAUGGGGAGCAGAUGGUUCGGAUUUGUAUGUGUCUUGUACAAUGCCUAGCAUAGAAAUAGGUACAGUCGGAGGUGGAACCGGUCUUCCUGCACAGGGUGCUUGUUUAGCUAUAUUGGGUGUUAAGGGCCCGCACGUCAACCAACCUGGUGAAAAUGCGAGCAGAUUAGCUAGAAUCGUAUGCGCUACAGUGCUUGCUGGCGAACUUUCAUUAAUGGCAGCCCUUACAGCUGGUCAUUUGGUUAAAAGUCACCUCAGGCAUAACAGAUCGUCUACCAUGGUAACAAAUGCAAUGACUGUUUCUCAAAAUAAUAUGGGAGAUAAACUAACUGUGCCAAAUGUUUUACAACCUGUACAAAACGUUUGUAAAGAAUUUCCAGAGAAGUCUUAG